GAAUUGGAAAUGGUCACUGAGUGCUGUCUGCAGUUGCUAAGGUUCCUUUUUGACACAGGGCAGCCAGCAGAAAGAAAACUCUGGCGAGGGGAGUUGAAGAGAGCAAAGUGUAGGAGUAGUGAAUAUUUGGAUUGUUUAAAGUAAUCUGCCCCUCUGGAGUGUUCAGGACACUUCAAAGUCAAACCCACUUGCAGGAGUGGAGGACUAAUAUGGGCAAUGCACCUGUAUGCCAGGCUUGUCACACAGACAAGGGUGUGAGAGUACAAGGGAAUAUGCAAGAUGUGGAUAAAAUUCCAGACUACUAUGGAUGCAGCAAUGGAGAAGAGAGUACAGAUCCCGAGGCACUGUCUGACAGCAAUGCAAGCUUCCUGAGAGCUGCCAGGGCUGGCAAUCUGGACAAAGUAGUGGAAUAUUUAAAGGGAGGAAUAGACAUCAAUACUUGUAAUCAGAAUGGACUCAAUGCUCUACACCUGGCUGCCAAAGAAGGCCAUGUGGGGUUGGUUCAGGAAUUGCUGGAAAGAGGCUCUGCAGUGGACUCUGCUACUAAGAAAGGCAAUACUGCAUUGCACAUUGCGUCAUUGGCUGGGCAAGCUGAAGUUGUCAAAGUUCUAGUUAAGGAAGGAGCCACUAUUAAUGCACAAUCUCAGAAUGGCUUCACUCCUUUAUACAUGGCAGCACAAGAGAACCACAUUGACGUAGUGAAAUAUCUUCUGGAAAAUGGAGCCAACCAAAGCACUGCUACUGAGGAUGGCUUCACUCCGUUAGCAGUUGCAUUGCAGCAAGGACACAAUCAGGCAGUUGCCAUCCUUCUAGAGAAUGACACUAAGGGAAAAGUCCGGUUGCCGGCAUUGCACAUCGCUGCCAGGAAAGAUGACACCAAAUCAGCAGCACUUCUGCUCCAGAAUGAUCACAAUGCUGAUGUUCAGUCUAAGAUGAUGGUGAAUAGGACAACUGAGAGUGGAUUCACACCUUUGCACAUAGCAGCACACUAUGGAAAUGUUAAUGUAGCAACACUUCUGCUCAACCGAGGAGCCGUUGUGGAUUUCACGGCAAGGAAUGGAAUCACCCCACUGCAUGUGGCUUCCAAAAGGGGAAACACAAACAUGGUGAAGCUCUUGUUGGAUCGUGGAGGGCAGAUCGAUGCCAAAACCAGGGAUGGACUGACUCCGCUCCACUGCGCUGCACGAAGUGGACAUGAUCAGGUUGUAGAACUCCUUCUGGAACGAGGUGCUCCGCUGCUUGCCAGGACCAAGAAUGGACUCUCUCCACUUCAUAUGGCUGCCCAAGGUGACCACGUGGAGUGUGUCAAACACCUACUGCAGCAUAAAGCUCCUGUUGAUGAUGUCACACUGGAUUACUUGACUGCCCUCCAUGUUGCUGCACACUGUGGCCACUAUCGUGUCACCAAACUUCUACUGGACAAGAGAGCAAAUCCAAAUGCUCGAGCUCUGAAUGGUUUUACUCCACUGCACAUUGCUUGCAAGAAAAAUCGCAUAAAAGUCAUGGAACUGCUGGUGAAAUACGGGGCUUCUAUCCAAGCUAUAACAGAGUCGGGCCUCACACCAAUACAUGUAGCUGCAUUUAUGGGCCAUUUGAACAUAGUUCUCCUUCUGCUGCAGAAUGGAGCCUCUCCAGAUGUCACUAACAUUCGUGGUGAGACUGCAUUACACAUGGCUGCUCGUGCAGGACAGGUGGAAGUGGUGCGCUGCCUCCUGAGGAAUGGUGCACUAGUUGAUGCUCGAGCAAGGGAGGAACAGACUCCACUGCAUAUUGCCUCUCGCUUGGGUAAAACAGAAAUUGUCCAGCUGUUAUUGCAACACAUGGCACACCCAGAUGCUGCAACUACUAAUGGCUAUACACCAAUGCACAUCUCUGCCCGAGAAGGUCAAGUUGAUGUAGCAUCAGUUCUCUUGGAAGCAGGUGCAGCACACUCUUUGGCUACAAAGAAGGGAUUCACACCACUGCAUGUGGCAGCUAAAUAUGGAAGCCUUGAUGUGGCAAAGCUCCUGCUACAGCGCCGUGCAUCUCCUGAUUCAGCUGGAAAGAAUGGCCUCACCCCCCUCCAUGUUGCUGCUCACUACGACAAUCAGAAGGUCGCACUACUGUUGCUGGAGAAAGGUUCUUCUCCCCAUGCUACUGCCAAGAAUGGAUAUACUCCUCUACACAUUGCUGCUAAGAAGAAUCAGAUGCAAAUAGCCACAACCCUACUGAAUUAUGGAGCAGAGACCAAUAUUUUGACCAAACAAGGAGUGACUCCACUUCACCUGGCCUCUCAGGAGGGUCAUGCUGACAUGGUGAACUUGCUUCUGGAGAAAGGAGCUAAUAUUCAUGUGUCCACAAAGAGUGGACUGACAUCAUUACAUUUAGCAGCUCAAGAAGAUAAAGUGAAUGUAGCAGAUAUGCUAAUAAAGCAUGGGGCAAACAAAGAUGCACAGACUAAGCUUGGUUACACUCCAUUAAUUGUGGCUUGUCACUAUGGGAACAUCAAGAUGGUCAACUUUCUCCUGAAGCAGGGAGCUAAUGUCAAUGCUAAGACAAAGAAUGGGUACACUCCUCUGCAUCAAGCAGCUCAGCAGGGUCACACACAUAUCAUCAAUGUUCUUCUCCAACAUGGGGCCAAACCAAAUGCAAUCACUGCGAAUGGUAACACUGCCUUAGCAAUUGCUAAACGUCUCGGAUACAUCUCAGUAGUCGAUACAUUAAAGGUUGUAACUGAGGAAGUUAUUACCACGACAACUACUGUAACUGAGAAACACAAGCUCAAUGUACCCGAGACUAUGACCGAAGUUUUGGAUGUUUCUGAUGAGGAAGCUUUUAAACAUUCUGACUAUGACCAUUUCACUGAUGAGGAAGCCUUUAGUGACACAGGUGAUGACACUAUGACAGGAGAUGGGGGAGAAUACCUUAGACCAGAAGAUCUGAAAGAAUUAGGUGAUGAUUCCUUACCCAGCAGCCAAUUCUUAGAUGGUAUGAACUACCUGAGAUACAGCCUGGAAGGAGGCCGAUCUGACAGCCUACGAUCCUUCAGUUCAGACAGGUCCCAUACGCUGAGCCAUGCCUCCUACUUGAGAGAUAGCACCAUGAUUGAUGACACAGUUGUUAUCCCCAGCCACCAGAUAUCCACACUGGCCAAAGAAAGUGAGAGAACUUCAUAUCGCUUAAGCUGGAGUCCUGACAACCUGGACAAUGUCACUCUUUCUGCUAGCCCCAUUCAUUCUGGCCAUUCCUCUCCAUGUUUUGACCAUGACAACAGCAGUUUCCUCGUCAGUUUCAUGGUGGAUGCUCGAGGUGGUGCUAUGCGGGGUUGCAGACACAAUGGACUUCGAAUCAUUAUUCCGCCCCGGAAGUGCACUGCUCCAACUCGAGUUACUUGCCGGUUGGUCAAACGACAUAGACUGGCCACAAUGCCUCCAAUGGUGGAAGGAGAAGGUCUGGCUAGCCGCCUAAUUGAAGUUGGGCCUUCUGGUGCUCAGUUUCUUGGGCCUGUGAUUGUUGAGAUCCCUCACUUUGCGGCUCUACGUGGUAAAGAAAGGGAACUGGUGAUCCUGCGCAGUGAGAAUGGAGACAACUGGAAGGAGCAUUUCUGCGAAUAUACAGAGGAUGAGCUAAAUGAAAUCCUAAAUGGAAUGGAUGAAGUGCUUGACACUCCAGAAGAGCUGGAGAAGAAACGCAUUUGCCGUAUCAUCACUCGGGACUUCCCACAGUACUUUGCAGUGGUAUCCCGGGUCAAACAAGACAGUAACCUCAUUGGACCUGAGGGUGGUGUGCUAAGCAGUACAGUAGUACCUCAAGUACAAGCAGUCUUUCCAGAAGGAGCACUAACAAAGAGAAUUCGUGUCGGUCUGCAGGCUCAACCUAUGCACAAUGAGCUUGUGAAGAAGAUUUUAGGCAACAAAGCUACAUUCAGCCCUAUUGUUACAUUGGAACCCAGGAGAAGAAAAUUCCAUAAGCCAAUAACAAUGACUAUUCCUGUUCCCAAAGCCUCUAGUGAUGUGAUGAUUAAUGGAUAUGGGGGUGAUACUCCCACUCUAAGACUACUGUGCAGCAUAACAGGUGGAAUAACACCUGCUCAGUGGGAAGACAUUACAGGAACAACACCAUUAACAUUUGUCAAUGAAUGUGUUUCCUUCACCACAAAUGUAUCUGCCAGGUUCUGGUUGAUAGACUGUCGACAGAUACAAGAAUCUGUUACUUUUGCUUCCCAAGUAUAUAGAGAAAUUAUCUGUGUGCCCUACAUGGCCAAAUUUGUAGUGUUUGCCAAAUCUCAUGAUCCUAUAGAAGCUCGAUUAAGAUGUUUCUGCAUGACAGACGAUAAAGUGGAUAAAACAUUAGAACAACAAGAAAACUUUGCUGAAGUUGCUCGAAGCAGAGAUGUAGAGGUAUUAGAAGGAAAACCCAUCUAUGUGGACUGCUUUGGGAAUCUGGUACCACUAACGAAGAGUGGCCAACAUCACAUAUUCAGUUUUUAUGCCUUCAAAGAAAAUAGACUUCCAUUAUUUGUCAAGGUCCGAGACACAACACAAGAACCUUGUGGACGCUUGUCGUUUAUGAAGGAGCCUAAAUCUUCUAGAGGCCUAGUACAUCAAGCUAUCUGCAAUCUGAAUAUUACAUUACCAAAUUACACAAAGGAAUCAGAAUCAGAUCAAGAACAGGAAGAAGAGACUGACAUGACAUCAGAAAAACAUGAUGAUGAAACAGAAUCUACAGAAACAUCUAUCCUGAAAAGUCACCUUGUCAAUGAAGUUCCUGUUCUAGCCAGUCCAGACUUGCUAUCUGAAGUCUCUGAGAUGAAACAAGAUUUGAUUAAAAUGACUGCCAUCCUGACAACAGACUCUUCUGAAAAGUCAGGUUCCAUUAAGGUGAAGGAUUUUGUGAAAGCUGCAGAUGAAGAGCCUGGAGAGCCAUUUGAAAUUGUGGAAAGAGUUAAAGAGGAUUUAGAAAAAGUGAAUGAAAUCCUGAGAAGUGGAAGCUGUCCAAAAGAAGAGCCAAUUCUUCAGAGAUCCAGUUCAGAUAGAGAGCUGGUCGAAGAAGAAUGGGUUAUUGUAAGUGACGAAGAAAUUGAAGAGGCCAAGCAAAAUGCUCCAUUGAAAGUUGCUGAGCCUGUAUGUACAGAAACUAGAAUAGGCAAAGGGAAAACGGAAAAAGAAGCAAAAGACAUGAGAGGAAUGAUAGAUCUUCUCAGCCAAAAUCUACAACUCUAUGUGUCACUUAAUGAAAUGCGCCCUCAGACUUUCCAAGAAGACAUAGUAGAAGAGAGAUUUGAAGCGGUCGUCGUAAGCAGGGAUUCUCAGAAAGGUGGGAGAAGCCAAGAUAAACAAAUCCCACACAAACCUACCUUAGAAAUUAAAAAACCAGUUAGAAAAAAAUUGAAAGAUAAGCCAAAGCCAAAGGAUGAAGAAACCCAAGGAAAGGAAGAACAUUCAGGGCUAAUGAAGUUCAGCUCAGAAGAGUCUUUAGAUGAAGAGCUGGGGUUAGCUCCUGCAGAGCCUUCCAAGGCAACGGCUGUGUCUCCUGUUAUAGAGGAGACUCCAAUUGGCUCAAUCAAAGAUAAAGUGAAAGCCCUUCAGAAGCGAGUGGAAGAUGAGCAAAAAGGGCGUUCAAAAUUGCCUAUUCGGGUCCCAGGAAAAGAAGGAGCAACUGAGAAGCCUGUUACAAAGCUAUCACAAGCUAAAAAAAAUAUUUAUAAAACAAAACCUCCAGCUUCCCCCUCUGCCUCAAAGGCUCCAACUUCCCCCUCUGCCUCAAAGACAUCAGGUUCUGCCUCUGCCUCAAAGGCUCCAACUUCCCCCUCUGCCUCAAAGACAUCAGGUUCUGCCUCUGCCUCAAAGACGCCAGGUUCCCCCUUUGCCUCAAAACUCUCUUCUCCCACAGCUAAGAAGCCACCAGUUUCUCCCACAGGUAAAAAGCCAGCCGUUUCUCCCACAGCUAAGAAGCCAGCUGUUUCUCCCACAACAAAGAAACCACCUUUUUCACCAUCUUCCAAAACAGAGAGACUUGAAGAGACAAUGUCUGUUCGUGAACUGAUGAAAGCCUUCCAGUCAGGUCAAGACCCAUCAAAGCAUAAAGCUGGACUUUUUGAGCAUAAGUCUAUAAAGCAGAAACAGCAGCUCUCUGAGAAAGACCUGGCCAAGAAAGGAACCACUCAGGCAAACACUGAAAAGAAGCAGGCAUUGAUACACAGAGACACACACAAAAAAGACAGUCCAAAAGGCAAAAAGAGCCAGGAACCUCAGGCGGAGGUCAGCUUGCAGUCUAAAAAAGAGGCACAGGGUACUCAUGAUAUAAUUCUGAAGAAAGAUUUAUCCACACAGCAGAUAAAGCAGCAGAGUAACAAAACUACAGAAAAAGAUUCUCCAGUCGCUGAUGAUGAAAGUACAAAGGGAGUGGUCUUGACAUUUGAUGACCAAGGGGAUACUGACCUCCAGAUCAGCCCAGACAGAAAGACGUCGACAGAUUUUUCUGAUGUCAUAAAAAAAGAGCUUGAGGACAAUGAUAAAUACCAACAGUUCCGGCACAUUUCAAUUACUGAGGAAGGUGAGCUUCACUUAGAUCAAGUACUGACCAGUCCAUUCAAUGUAACAUUUCCAUCAGAAUAUGUGAAAGAUGGUUUUUUGCCCACUCUCUCCUUGCAAAGUGGUGCUUUGGAUGGCAGCUCAGAAAGCCUUAAACAUGAAGGCAUAGCAGAUUCUCCAGUUGGUAGCCUGCUUGAUGGAACUCCUCAGAUCAGCUCUGAGGAAAGUUAUAAGCAUGAGGGCUUGGCCGAGACUCCAGAAACAAGCCCUGAGAGCCUUUCUUUCUCAACAAAGAAAACGGAAACUGCUGACCAGAUGGAAGAAACAGAGCUAGCCAGUGUAGUGCAGACAACAGCAGAGAUGCAAUUGCCAAAGAGACUUUCUCCAACAAAAAGUGACAGCACUGUUGCUGACAAAGACAUAAAAGCUAUCAGCGCAGAGUCCCAUUCUCCUCAGUUGUCAGAAGAACUACAAGUCACAACCUCCAAAGAAGAGAUAGGCAAAUGUACAGAUUCUAGUUCAACGUUAAUUAAUAAAGAUGUUGUCAGGGAUGAGCUAACUAUGGCUGCUGAUCGACAUUUAACUAAUUUAUCCGAAACGUGCAAUACAACUUUAGAGAAAGAGGACCAGACAUCCUUUGAGCACCAUGCCAUUAGCAGAGGACUGGAGCUUUCGCUUCCUAGCCAUGACAGUGAAGGUCUUAGCCCAGUUGCAGAUGAAUCCAUAGCUAUAAGCCAUAAAGAUUCACUGGAAGCAAGCCCAGUGCUAGAAGAUAAUUCGUCACGUAAAACACCUGAUUCCCUUGAGCCUAGUCCUACCAAAGAAUCCCCCUGCCGCGAUUCUCUGGAAAGCAGCCCUGUAGAACCGAAGACAAACACUGGCAUCCUCCCAGGACCUGGUUUCAUUCAGACUGCCCUUGCCAAAGCAGAAAACCCCCCAGAGCUGACACCUGUGCGAUCUAGACUUUUACGUGACCCUGAUGGCAGUGCUGAAGAUGACAGUUUAGAGCAAACCUCUCUUAUGGAGAGCUCAGGGAAAAGCCCUCUUUCACCUGAGACUCCUAGCUCUGAGGAAAUUAGCUAUGAAAUCACACCCAAAAUAACAGAUUCACAGGUGCUAUCAAAUAUAACCAAGUCAGCUGUGAUUCCUGAAGUUAGUGAAGAAACAGAAGAUGAUCCAGAAGGUGAUCCAAAGAAAAGGUUCACACCAGAUGAAGAGAUGUUUAAAAUGGUGACUAAAGUUAAAAUGUUUGAUGAGCUGGAACAGGAAGCAAAGCAAAAGAGGGACUAUAAAAAGGAUCCUAGGCAAGAUGAUGCAGCUUCAGCUUCCGAUUUGGAAGCUGCUUCUGAAGUUGAAAUUGUACCAUCAACAGCUGUAGAAGAUAAUGAUGUACCUAUUGUAGUUACUUCUGUAGUUGAAUCUAGAAAGACCUCUUCCUCUUCAGAGAGUGAGCCGGAAUUAACAAAGCUGAAAAAAGAAGCUGACUCUGGACUGCUGAUGGAGCCUGUAAUUAGAGUGCAGCCUCCUUCACCUUGUCUUUGCAAUAUGGAUUCCAGUUCUAGUCCUGAAGAAACAGGGUUUCAGCCUAUUGAGUCCAAACAGCAUGCAUUCAGUACUGAAGAGGAUAACACAGAAUCAGAUAAACCAGACGAGGAAACCAAAAUGUCUGGUGAUACCUCUCUUGCCUCUGAUGCUAGCAUCAUAGCACAGGCUAGCGAAUCCAAGUGCUACAGCACAGAUGAGAGUGACACUGUUAGCCCUAAUGGCCCUAUGAUGCAGCCUGAGGAGGCGUUCUACCAUUCUGUUGGUGAUUGUGCCCCCAAAAUAGCUGAGUUAUAUGAAACCUCAGUGGUGUCACACCACCCAGAAGAUUCUGAAAAAGAUGCUGCAGCAUCUGAAGAGGUACCACAGAGAGACCUAGUUCCUAUGGGAACUACAGAGGGCUCCUGUAUACCUGGCACCUCUCAUUGCUGUAUAUCCCAAAAUGGUGAAUUGGCUACUGUUGUUUCACCAGCUCACUCCCCUUUGGGAAGUGAUUUGGCUGAAACUGACAGAGUUUUUGAAAUGACACGAGAUUUUUGUAGUGCAGAGCACUCCAUAGAUCAUUCAUAUCAAACAACCCAAAAGGGUGACUGUGAAAGCUGUGCAGAAAAUAUUGAUGAAAGUAGUGCUCUGCCUAUAACCAGCCCUUAUGAAAAUGUCCCUUCACAGCAUUUUUUUUCUAGCACUGAAAUUAGUAUGGGAAUUGGUUUAAGAACGACAACAGACCAGACACCUGGGGUUCAUCAUUUUAAUGAAGCAGAAACUACCUUCAGUGAAGAAAUAACAGUGACAAGCUCCCUUUGUAGACCAGCAUCAGUAGGGUCUGAGGUUCAAACCUCAGAAGAUAUCUGUAUGGAGUUAGAUGCCAAACAUGUGGAUGUUUUUCAGAAAGGAUCAAGUUCAACAUCAGACCACACAUCACUAGAUGAAGGUGCUCUGCAAGAUAUCAGGGAUGAAGCUGAGAAAAUAAUCAGCCAAGUGAUCAUAACCAAGACUGAUGUGGAUUCUGAUAAAUGGAGUCAGAUACGUGAAGAUGAUGAUGCUUUUGAGGCUCGGGUGAAAGAGGAAGAACAAAAGAUAUUUGGCUUAAUGGUAGACAGGAGAUCACAAGGCACCACACCUGAUACAACACCAGCUAGGACUCCUACAGAAGAAGGGACACCUACAAGUGAACAAAAUCCCUUUCUUUUCCAGGAAGGAAAAUUGUUUGAAAUGACAAGGAGUGGUGCCAUUGACAUGACCAAGAGGAAUUAUUCCGAUGAAAACUUACAUUUUUUCCAAGUGGGAGAGCAGUCUCAAGAAGAGGUGUCAUUAUCUGAAGAAAUGAGAGAAGCUGAAGGGCUGGAAUCUCUCCAGCAGAAGCAGUCCUCAGUUCCAUCCUCAUCUUCUGAACUCGAUGAAGGAAAUAUGCUUGUAAAAAGCUCAGUCAUAUCUGCAUCUGAGGAUGAAGCCAGUGGUUUAUACACCACAAAAGGGGAUAUUAAAUCUAGAGUACCUAUUAAAAUGGGUAUUUCAGCCUCUUCUAAGUCACCAAAGAAAGAAGCUGCUGCUUCUGAUGAUGAUCCUUUCCCUAGAGUUGAUAAUGAUAUGUUUGACAGCUCCCAGGUGCCUUGCCCUGUCUCUCCUGAGCAGACUGUGAUCGAUGUACAGUUAGAUUUUUCAACAGUCACUAGGUCUGUGUAUGCUGAACAGGAAGAUGAUUCCCCAGACUCAUCACCAGAGGAACAGAAAUCUGUGAUUGAAAUCCCUACUGCUGUCAUGGAGAGUGUGCCUUCUGAAAGCAAAUCCAAAAUUCCCAUAAGGACAACUCCCACUACAUCCCACUCCUUACAACAAUCAGAACUUGGGAGCCUUCCUUCAGACACCUUUGUUGAGACCCUAGAAGAAUCACAGGAUGAUCCAUUCAAACCAAAGUCUAAGAUUCCAGUCAAAGCAGUUUUCCAAAGAGUUGAGCAAGAGUUUAAGUACACAGAGACGUCUGUCUGGAAGCCAGAGUCAUCUAAAGCUCUUGACAAAACAUGCAAACUACCCAUGAAACAAGAUAUUAGGAGCAAAUCUGAAUCCGAUGCAAAUGAUUCCAUGGACUCAAAGGCUAAGCGUUCAGUCAAAGCUAGAAGCUAUGUGGAGGCAGAAGCAGAGACCAGAGAGUGUGUGGGUGAGAUGGCGCUUGGGCUAGAAUCAGCGGAGCAGAUGACUUCACAGCCAAAGAUAUUUUCUUCACGAUUACCUGUUAAGAGCAGAAACACCUCAGCUUCCCGCGGUACUCUUAGUCCCACAAAAGAAAGUAAGGAACAUUUUUUUGACCUUUACAAAAACUCCAUAGAAUUCUUUGAAGAGAUUAGCGAUGAAGCUUCCAAAUUAGUGGAUAGACUUACACAGUCAGAGAAAGAACAAGAAUUAGUUUCAGAUGAUGAAAGUAGUAGCGCCCUAGAAGUUUCGGUUAUUGAAAAUGUGCCAUCCAUUGAGACCCAGCAGUCAGUUGCCGAGGACAUCUUUGACACCAGGCCCAUUUGGGAUGAGUCUGUUGAGACUCUGAUUGAGCGUAUUCCUGAUGAAAAUGUCCCUGACCAUGUUGAAGAUCAACAGUAUGAUCAAGAACGGAUAGAGGAAAGACUGGCACAUAUUGCUGAUCAUCUUGGAUUCAGCUGGACAGAGCUAGCAAGAGAACUGGAUUUCACUGAAGAACAAAUUCAUCAGAUCCGAAUUGAGAAUCCUAAUUCACUGCAGGACCAGAGUCACGCACUGCUAAAAUAUUGGCUUGAACGAGAUGGGAAACAUGCUACUGAUUCAAGUCUUACUGAGUGUCUUACAAAAAUUAACCGCAUGGAUAUUGUUCACCUAAUGGAGAGUAGUGUAGAACUGUCCCAAGACCAUGGUCGCACCUAUGCAGAAAUUGAACAGACAAUAGGACUGGAUCACAGUGAAGGUUUUUCUGCACUGCAUGAAGAUCUGUACAGCGCAAGAGAUAAGAAGGAAGAAGAGCAUUCUUUUUCUAAAGACAGUGAGCCAUCUGAUUACCCUCCCCUUGUCUCUGAGGAAGACAUUUCUGUCAGUUACUCAUGCUUGCAUGAAGGCACACCCAGGGCUGAGGCAGAAAUGUCAGUCGCAGAACUCGUACGACAAGCACACAAAGAUCGAGUGGAAGCUGAAUUCUCAGGGAAAUCUCGUGCGCUGCCAGAAGAUUCAUCUGCUGCACAAGAGUACUUUGUUACAACCUCUGGAGCUACACAUGCACCAAAAGGUGAAAAAACAGCAAGCAUUGCCAGUGAAAAGUCUGAGGGCUCCACUGUAGGAUCUGAGGAUCUUGAAAGGCCAUAUCUUCAUACCCCAACAUCUAGUGAACGAACUGAUUCACCCAUAGUACAAGAACCUGAAGACCAUCACUUCCAUCAAGAAGAUCUGUAUCUAAGGAAAAAUAGUCUGGUAAUUGUGGAAUCAACCGAUGAACACCCAGAAGAGUCAGAAAGAUAUGAAGAAGAAUUGUUGGAGAAGGAGCUAGCAGAGGAAUUAGGUGAGCUGGAGGCCAGCUCAGAUGAGGAAGCGAUGGUAACUACCAGGGUCGUUCGCCGCCGGGUGAUUAUUCAGUCUGAUGAUAUGCCUGAAAUGCCACCAGAAGCUGUAACAGAGGAGCAGUAUACAGAUGAACAUGGCCAUAUUGUGGUGAAGAAGGUCACUAGAAAAAUCAUCAGGCGAUUCGUUCUACCAGACGGUACAGAAAAGGAAGAAGUUGUAAUGCAAGGUGAACCACAGGAGCCUGUUAAGGUGGACGAGGGAGAUGGAUAUUCCAAAGUCAUAAAGCGAGUUGUGCUGAAGAGUGACAGUGAACAAUUAGAGGUAACCUUUUCUGAGCCAAGUGUUCUACCUAGUGCCUCAGAAUUUCAGUCUGAACCAGUGGAGGGCCGUAAGGUCAGCAAAGUUGUGAAGACUACAAUUGUGCAUGGGGAGCGAAUGGAGAAACACCAUGGAGAUGCUAGCUUAGCAACUGAUCUUCCAUCAGCCAAAGAUGACUUUGAAGAGGCCUUGAGCUAUGCAGGUAACAAAAUGAAAAUUGAAGUCCCCCCAUUAGUAGAGAAGGAGGUCAUGAAAGAGGAUGGCUCAGUUAUUAAAAGGACAACAAUGAGUAAAGCCAGUACACAGAAGAGGACUGUGGUUAAGGACCAGUAUGGAAACCGUAUUCAUGUGGAACUGCUGGAGGACACACCAGAAGCACUACCCCAGGAUGACCUUCAGCAUGACCUUCAGCAACUACUAAGACAUUUCUGCAAAGAAGAGUGGAAGAAAGAGGCCAAAUGAGUUGCUGCUAAAUCUUAUCCACAGACCAAUACACAUAUUCAUUCAAUAUCCAGCAUUCAUUUUCUUCUUUUGCCAUAAAUGUCAUAACACAAUCACUAGAGGACACUGACAUUUCUACUUUGGGCAUAUAGAGUAGGGUUUUCUUUUCUUUUCAAAAUAUCUGUAAGCUAAUUUGUGACCAAAGAUAGCAUCCUUCAUUUGGGAUGGUUUGUCUACUAAAAGUCAUUGACUUUGUGCUAUACUGGAAACUUUUCAAAAUUGCCAUCUUUGUUGUUCUUUUGCUUCUGCACCAGAUCCAUAAAAACACAGCUUCUUCCACAGGCCUCUUCAAAUGACAGUGUACAUGCAUUUUUUAAAAAGAGAUGUUAACAUUAGCCUGUAAAUAUCUAAAGUGCUUGGACUCACAAGACUGAAAGAAACAAACACUGCCUAUCAUGACUACUUUUAGGAUCAAGGACUACAAGGUCUGUUGAAACUGUUGAAGAGCAAUUAAUUAACACAAUCCAUUGAGUAUACAGCAUGGAUCUACUGAGAAGGAAACAUGUCAGGCCUCCUGUGUUCAUAGGACUUCCAGCUUAAUGAUCUACCCGACUUAAAAGUUUCUGAGAGUCAGGCUGAAACCUCAAACUCCAGCUGUUUCCAUUAAUGUACAGCUGAUUGCAGCCAUCACUGCUUUUCUGACUCCUGGGAAGCCACCUAAAUAAAUAAAUACCCAGUUAGGUAUAACUUGCUAGCAGCUAUAUCUGUGGCACAUUUGCACACUGUAUUCAAAUCUUUUAGAUUGGGACAUGAGCAGGGUCCUGUAAUUUCCUGUUUUCAUCACUGCUUGAGCAAACCACACUGUCUUAUUGGUGGUUCUUCCCUCUGGCCACUUCACUGUAGAUAACUUGAUAGGGGAAGAGAAAUUCUUUCCCAUUCUUAAGAAAGGUUACUCUAAAUUUAUCACAUUCUAUCAAGACUGUCUCUUAACCUGGCACAUGCAUGUGGCACUGGGAAAUAAACACAACCCUCUUGUAAUCAUGUCAACAGCUUCUCAUCUCUCUCAGCACUGAGCGAGCAGAUUUUAACCUUCCAUUUGAGAUUGUUCUUCAGAAUAUUGUGUAUGAGGAGAUAUGAAUCCACUGGGCAUUUGGUUUUUGUCAUUGUUUUAUUUAUAUUCCUUAACCAACUUUCAAGAAUCAUCCUGUAAAUGUCUGCACUUUGAUUUUGCAAGAAGGGCAUAUGCGACUCUGGAAUUAUUAUGUGGUCUGUACCUAAUUCUAAUAGUGGUCUGGAGCUCUGUUGCAUUUUAACAUAUAUAUGUAAUUAUAUAUAUUAUAUAUAUACAUAUAAAAUGAUAUACAUUUUGAAUCAGUUAUUUGAUAAAGACAAAGUAUAUUCAGCAAAGAUGAGUCAAGUCCUCCAGGAUAUUUUUCAAAACCUAGCCAGAUUUUCCUUCUUGUAAAAAAUAAUAAUAAUGACUCACUCAGUGCUCAGAAUGCUGAAAAUAAAUGUUACAAAUGGCACCUCCUCGUUAACUAACCAUGCAGAGAGAAAGGAAGCAUUUUAUGGGAGGUUUGUCUUCCUGCUAAGAAAACUAACGUGCCAUGCUAACAUUUUUUUUGGUUGGCAAGCAGGGCACAACACUUGUGACUGCCAAAAUGGAAGGAGACCCAUUUCAAGACACACAAUAGCUCAUUUUUCAUUGUCAAGAACAUCACUGGUUGACCUUCAAGAUGGGCUCUAAAAGAAAUGCAUUUCUGUUGUGUAAUUUGCGGUGCAGAUGAUGUUCUGUGUAACAGCAUAAUGGCUAUUCUCCUUUUUUGGUUUUGAUUUUUUGCUGUGUUAUCGGAGAACUUGAAUACUGUGAGAAGAAGUGAUUUUAAGUUGAUGAAUCGGCAUCUUGUUCCCAUGGUGAUAACACUAACUGAAUAUAUCUAUGAGGGCAUGUAUUAGUUAAAAGAAUUAAAGCAAAACAACAACACUAACAAUACAUAGCUGCAACGUGUACAAUGGCUGAUUUAAUGAAAUAAAAAUGUACAAGUGUUAAAUGUAGCACUAAUUGUACGCUUUUCCUUUUUUUACAAAUUUAGCAGGGGUGACUUAGCCGCAAAUGGCAAACUUGGCAAUGUCUACAUAUUGUUACUACUUCUGUUAUGAUUACCUCUGCAUAACCAAGAAUCAAAUUUGGUUAUUUAAUUUACAGCAUGGGAAAUGAAAGCCACUACUUACUGUUUUCCGUUUAUAAAGAAAUGGAUCUUGA